AUGAAUAAGAAAGACGGCAGCAUAGUGAUGGCAUGCAUGGUGUACAUGCCAAAUCUCAUUGACAUCGUGAUGCGCUAUCUGGACUUGUACGACACGUAUGGGUGGCUGACCUGGCACGGAAAUGUCACUCCGGAGUCCGAGAUUUGGCUAAAACUUGGCGGUGACCACGGUGGCCAUUCCUUCAAGUUUGUAUUCCAGGUAGCAAACCUGAAGCAUCCGAACUCGCUGAACAAUACCAUUCCUCUGUGCGUGUUUGACUGCCAAGACAGCCCUGCCAACCUCCAGAUCGCACUUGGAGUGUAUGCAGACCAGGUGAAGGAGCUGCGAAGUACCAUCAAGUGGAAAGGCAAGUCAUUUGUGCUAUUCUUCUUUGGUGACUAUGAUUACCAAACAAAGUGCUAUGGUUUGUCUGGCUCGAGUGGCUACUGCCCAUGCCUCCAUUGCCUUUAUCCGAAGAAGCAGAUGGAGCACCCGGCAGACAAGCGUGAUGCAGGAGAUCAUUAG